AUGGCCUUCGAAAGCUUUCGCCGAUUUGAUCCUGAACGCCCGAACUACCGCUACUUCCCCAAUCGCACGCGAGCGCAGACGGCGUGGCUGUCCUGGGGAGUUUUUGCUCUUGGUGGACUCGUUGGUCUCCUCUAUCUGAAGUUUACCGAGUCGAGGCAAGAGGACUUAGCUCGCCAGUAUACCGAACUGUCGCAGCAGGGCGGCGUGACCCAGACGGCAGUCAACCAGAUUCAGAAUCAGAACAACUACUUCCAAGGAGUGCUCCAGAACGCCCGUCGUCGUGAUCUCGGCCUUCCCACCCCUAGGGCUUCUCUUCGGAUUGAAGACGAAGAAUAG